CGCGCUUAUUAUUUGUGGUGGAUAUGCGUCCUCCUGUCCUGGCCCUAAUACUCCAAAAUCACCACCAAACUAGUCUUGUAGCCAGUACUUCCAUUGCUCUCCUCAUCUAUCCCUUAGCUUCCUGCUCUUCCUCUUUCCCCUCUUCUCUUGCAGCUGCGUGCUCUAUCCAUUAGCAGCCGGCCGGCCAGCAGAGAUCUCCAUCCCAGCUAGCUCAUCAGCUUGCUUGGCACUUGCUUGUGAUCGAUUCUCUUUCUCUUGUGUUAGUUCUUGCCAGAGAUUACCAUCAGAAUUAUAUAUCGAGAGAGCUGUUAGCUGAUUGUUGUUGGAUCUCUACUCGCUCGCUCGCUAGGCGGCCUCUAAUUAGAUUAAAUUAAGAAGGCCAGGUAUUACUAGAUCGAUCGACUAGCUAGCUAUCUAAUAAGCAGCAGGGCAGGUGGAUUAUCAUAUCAUAUCAUCGAUGCUUGAGGUGUCGAGCCUUCGGAGCCCUAGCAAGGUGGAUCAUCAGCGCGGGUUCGUCGGCGACCAUGUCGUGUUCCCGACGUCCGGCAGCGUCUGCGACGACUUCAUGGUCGACGACAACCUGCUGGACUACAUCGACUUCAGCUGCGACGUGCCCUUCUUCGACGCCGACGGGGACAUCCUCCCCGACCUCGAGGUGGACCCGACGGAGCUCCUCGCCGAGUUCUCCUCCCCGGAGACGAGCCCGACGGAGGCAGACGGCUGUCGCGUGGAGGCCAAGCCGCCGGACGACCUACGGCAAGCACUAGCAGCCGCAGAGGAAGAAGCAGUGACGACAUCGACGACAGUAGAAGAGAAGAAAGCAGACGAGAUCAUCAACAGGAGGAUGUUGCUGGGAAAUGACGACGACAAAUUAGCAGCCGCAUCAGGUUCAGGUGUGACGACGACGAGGAAGAGCGUGGAUGCUGAGGGGUCGAGCGCGGUGACAACGGAGGAGGAUUCCGCCGGCGCCGGGUCGGACACCAAGUCGUCGUCGGCGUCGGCGGGGGGCCACUGCGGCAAGAAGAAGGCGGCGGACAAGAACUCUUCCAACGGCAAGCGGAAGGUGAAGGUGGACUGGACGCCGGAAUUGCACCGGCGGUUCGUGCAGGCGGUGGAGCAGCUUGGCAUCGACAAGGCUGUGCCCUCCCGGAUCCUGGAGAUCAUGGGGAUCGACUGCCUCACACGCCACAACAUCGCCAGCCACCUCCAGAAGUACCGGUCCCACAGGAAGCACCUGAUGGCGCGGGAGGCGGAGGCCGCGAGCUGGGCGCAGAAGCGCCACCACAUGUACGCGCCGGCUCCGGCGAGGAAGCUGGACGCGGCGGCGGCGGCGGGAGGCCCGUGGGUGGUGCCGACCCUCGGGUUCCCGCCGCCGCCUCCGCCCUUGUGCCGGCCGCUGCACGUGUGGGGCCACCCGCCCACCGCAGGCGUUGAGGCAGCCGCUCCUCCUCCGGCGAUGCUGCCCGUGUGGGCGCGGCACCUCGCGCCGCCCCGGCCGUGGGCGCCGCCGGUGGCCUACUGGCACCUGCAGCAGCAGCAGUACAAUGCGGCCAGGAAGUGGGGCGGUCCACAUCAGGCGGCAGCAGCAGCAGUGACGCCCGCCAUGGUGCCGAGGUUCCCGGUGCCGCCGCACCCGCACCCGGCCACCAUGUACAGACCACCCAUGGUCGUCCCUCCGCCGCCGACGACCACCACCACCAAGCUCGCCGACUUGCAGCUUCAGCUCGACGCGCACCCGUCCAAGGAGAGCAUCGACGCGGCCAUUGGAGAUGUUUUAGUGAAGCCAUGGCUGCCGCUGCCGCUGGGGCUCAAGCCGCCCUCCAUGGACAGCGUCAUGUCGGAGCUGCACAAGCAAGGCAUACCAAAGGUCCCACCCUCCAGCGCCUGAUCUCAUCCAUCCAUGCAUAGGCAACUACUCGUCGACAUGUAUUAUAUUAUAUUAUAUUAUAUAGCCUCCAGAGCUAGAGUAGAAGAGGGCGUUGCGUGCGUGUGUGUAAUAAAUUAAUUAAAUAAUGUAGGUGUGCAAGUGAGUACAAGAAACGGGACCCCGACUUAUAUGUAUAUGUUCAUGUAUGCAAACUGAUUGAUGACAUGAAUAACCCUCGGAAUCAAUUGUGCUAA